GGGACUCUCAUGCUAUAAAGAGCUGUUUUGACAUAAAACCUUCCAAUUCUUCUUUUCAAUUCUUAGUUCAGUAUAUAACCGUCAUCGAGAACUUUCCUUUCCUUUUCCUACCGCAUAUCCCUGUAACCAACAUGGCAGCGCCAUCUGCAACACCCAAAAGGUGCGAUGUCCUGGUAGUAGGCGCUGGUCUCAGUGGCCUCCAAGCAGCCCUUUCUGUACGGUCCGCAGGCUUCAGUGUUUGCGUCGUGGAGGCUAUUAACCGAGUCGGCGGGAAGACAUUGACAGUCCAAUCCUGCGAGAAGGGGUUCAACGACAUGGGUGCAUCAUGGAUCAACGACACCAACCAGAAUGAGAUGUUCAAGCUGUACCAACGGUAUGGAAUCGAUAUGGAGAUUCAACGGGACUGUGGACAUACUCUUAUUCAGUCGCCGGAUGGCUCUGUGGCUAAAGUGCCGUAUGGGCAGCUUCCAAGUGAUACCGACGUUAUACUGGAUCUGUUCCAAAUAUUUCGGGACGAGUGCUCACUUAUAGACCUCGAUAACCCGACUAACUCUGCUAGCGCGAGGGAAAUUGAUCAGCUCACCUUCCGUGAAUUCUGCGUUCAGAAAGCGCAAUCCAAUAGUGCCAUACGCAUUGCUGACAUGCUCUCAAACGCAUUACUUGGUGUAGAGAGUGAUGAGCUCAGUGCCCUGUCCAUGCUUCUCUACUUUAAGAGUGGUGCCGGCAUCGACAAUAUCAUAUCUGAGCAAAAGGAUGGUGGCCAAUACCUGCGCAAUCGACAAGGGAAUCAAACAAUUUCUCAGAAGAUGGCGGAAGAGUUGGGAUCUGAUGCUGUAUUUCUCCGUAUGCCAGUGACCUCCGUGGACCAGUCUCAGCACAGAUCUUGCGUGGUACAGACAGAGGGUGGAAUAACCUUCCACUGUCAAAGGGUGAUUGUAUCGGUUCCAACUACUCUGUACCACAAAAUCAUGUUUAACCCUCCCCUACCAGACAAAAAGGUCACUCUGAGCAACAACACUAUCACAGGCUAUUACACCAAGAUAGUCUAUAUUUUCAAGGAGCCGUGGUGGCAGAAGGCAGGCUUUUCUGGAGUGCUGAAUUCUGAGAAGGGACCUAUUGUUUUUACACGGGACACCAGCAUUGCUGCAGACGACCAAUGGUCCAUCACCUGCUUUAUUACUGGCGACAAAGGAAGAAACUGGUCCAAGCUGCCCCGGGCAGUGCGCUACAAACAGGCCUGGGACCAAUUAAGCCGGAGCUUUGGUGCAUUUACCAAUGUUCCUCAGCCAGACAAUACCCUGGAGAUGGAAUGGACUAAAGAAUCUUUCUUCCUCGGCGCCCCAUGCCCAGUCACGGUUCCGGGCAUAUUGUCGAUCGUGGGAAGCGAAAGCGCCAUGCCUUUUGGCCGCGUGCAUUUUGUGGGUACCGAAACGUCUCCCGUGUGGCGUGGCUAUAUGGAGGGUGCUGUCCGGUCUGGUCAGCGAGGAGCUGCUGAAGUGGUGAAGGCAUUGUCGACGCAGCCUGCUGUUUGAUUCUGUUUGGUAUACAGUCUUAACUACGACUCUAUACACACUAUAUGCGUCCCAAAUGCUGUGAAAAUGCUGUUGGCUGUAACUCUUCCAGCCCCCCCCCCUUAUAGUAUCUGCACUCUAUUGGGUUUCUUUUGUAUUUUCGAACUUCGUUUGGAAUCAACCUCAACUAGUUUAGGCUUCAAAUGCAUACAAUACACUCCAA